AUGUUGUCCGAUUUAGUUGAUGAUGAGCUUUUAUCUGGAUCUGCAACAUUACCAGUCUCAACAAAACCGAUGGUUAAUAUGACUAAUACUAGCAGUAGUAAUAGUGGUGGUGGCUCAGUUGUAUUAAUGCAGCCUAAAUUAGAAUCACAACCGGUUGUCUUCGACCAACAACAACAGUCGAAAAUGGUACCUAUAGCUCCUCGUUAUGAUUCUCAACAACAGUGCUCAACAAUUGGUAGUGCAUAUACUUGUUCACAUUGUACACAACCAAUUCAUGAACGUUAUUUAUUAUAUACACAAGAUCGUUUAUGUCGUGGAAAUUAUUGGCAUAUGCAAUGUUUGCGUUGUCAAUGUUGUGAUGCAGUUUUAGCUGAUAUAUCGUCAACAUUUUAUAUCAAAGAUAAUGCCCUACUUUGCAAGUCUGAUUAUAUUAAACGAUAUGGUAGUCGUCCAUGUUCAUUAUGUAGUCAAGUUAUUGGACCAAAUGAACAAGUUAUGCGUGUUAGUCCAAAUUAUGUUUAUCAUCUUCAUUGUUUUACUUGUAUUAAAUGUCAUGCACGUUUAGUUAAAGGUGAUCGUUAUGUUUUU